AUGACAGGCAAGAAGAAAGAAGCUUCUUUGCAGGCUUCCGCCACUAACCAAGAGCAAUGGGAGGAGAUUCUUGCGACAAAGGGUUUAACAGUGGUGGACGUGUACCAGCACUGGUGUGGUCCUUGUCGAGCUGUCAUAAGCCUUUUACGAAAAAUCAACAAUGAACUUGGAGAUGAGCUGUUACAUUUUGCCACGGCCGAGGCAGACAGUAUUGAUGCUCUGGAGAAGUAUCGAGGGAAAUGUGAGCCUACCUUCUUGUUCUAUGGGGGCGGCGAGUUGGUGGCCGUACUACGAGGGGCCAACGCACCACUCCUUCAAAAGAUGAUCGUGGAACAACUAGCCAAGGAGAAGUUAGUGCUAGAGCAUGGCGUGGAACGGAAAGCGGUAAUGGUCAAACUAGGAUUUGUUUUUGCUUUAAAAUUCACUGAGAUUGAAGGCAACAGAUGUCCAAUCCAUUUGAACUUGAAGCUGGAGAAGUUGGCAGCAAUUCCGGCCAGGAAAUCUUAUACCGUGGCCAUCAUUAAACCAGAUGCAGUUGCACACGGCAAGGCUAAUGAGAUCAUUAUGAAGAUACAAGAUGCAGGAUUUGAGAUCCUAGCCCAGAAAGAACUAACGUUGACCGAAGCCCAAGCGAGAGAGUUGUACCAGCAGAAAGAAGCAGAGGAUUAUUUUGAAGACCUUGUUCAGUUUAUGUCCAGCGGACCCUCGCAUAUUUUGAUGCUCUCCCAUCUUGAGGACACUUGCGACGUGGUGCAAGCUUGGCUUCAUUUCAUUGGCCCAUCCAACAUCGAAGAAGCAAAGCGUGAGAAUCCAGAGAGCUUGCGGGCAAAAUACGGAACGCGGACGCUGUUCAACGCGGUUCAUGGCAGUGAGGAUGUCGAUCGGGCCGGCAGGGAGCUCGCCUUCUUCUUCCCUGACUUCAGCCCAGCCAAGGGAACGGCACGGGAUGCGGAGGAAAAGCCUGUGGAGAGGACGUUGGCUCUCUUCCGUCCUGACGUUGCCAGGGAAAACAGAGAGGAGAUUCUGACACAAAUCAAUCAGUCGGGCUUCCAAGUGUCACUCCAAAGAGAGAUGAUUCUGACAGAGGAACAAGUCAGAGAGUUUUAUGUCCAUCGUGUCGAGGAGGACGAAUUUCCUUCACUCUUACAAAAUAUGACAAGAGGUCCGGUGUUGGUGUUGGUUCUCACCAAAGAAAAUGCUGUUCAACAAUGGAAGAAUAUGCUUGGUCCUUCAGAUAUCAAAAAGGCCAAAGAGGAGGACCCCAAAUGUUUCAGGGCCCGUUUUUCUGUGGAAGGAGAUCCGCACAACCAGCUGCAUGGAAGUUACUCUACUGAAGAGGCCUCCAGGGAAAUCAGCUUCUUCUUCCCCGUCCAGCAAACACUUGCUGUCAUUAAACCCGACGCAGUGGACCAACGCAAACACGAGAUUCUAGAGGAGAUCCGCAACAGAGGUUUCUCCAUCAAGAGAAUGGAGGAGAGGCUUCUCUCCAAGGAGAUGGCUGAGGAAUUUUACAAGGAGCACAGGGAGCGGCCAUUUUUCAACCAGCUGGUGGAGUUCAUGUGUAGUGGUCCCAGUGUGAUAAUGGUCCUGGAAAAGGAAAAUGCAGUAGAGGAGUGGAGGGCCACAAUGGGUCCCACAAAUCCGGAACGAGCAAAGGUGGAGCUCCCUGAAUCUCUGAGAGCACGAUUUGGUUCUGACAUCCUUCGCAACUCUGUGCACGGAUCUUCGAGUCAAGGACGCGCUCAAGAGGAGAUCCAGUUCGUCUUUGGUGGACAAACAGAGUUCACUGAAACUUUAGCACGUUUCAGUGCAUUGAUGGCGAUAGUUGUCUAA